UUUUUUUCUUUGGUGAUUGCGAAAACAACGCAGCUCCUCCCCGUCUUCGUUCAUUCUGCAGGACUGCCCCUGAUUUCUCUCUGUCGCUCUCUAUUCGCAUAUCUCCAUCUCUCUUUCUUCCUUGGAAAUCGUAGCUUAAAAAACGUAUAAAGUGAUUGGACGAUUAAGGAAAGGUUGGUCUUGAUUCCUUUGAUUCAAAGGCUCAAAGCUAUGCUCUGAUAUAUCCUGGAUUUCGGCAAAAUGAGUUUGCUUGAUUCUGUUUUGGGGAAGAACGCCAGGAGGUUCAUCAAAAGGAAGGAUAGCGAUGCAGGGGAACUAGGUCUUUCGCUUGAAGAAUUUCGCAGCUCUUUGUAUAAUGAUUUCAAUACUUCAGAGGGAGCAAGACGGAAACAACAGACAUAUUGUGGUCCUUUUGUGGCAAUGUCUUUUAAUUUCAUGAUCUCUGUUGGAAUAAUCAUGGCAAAUAAAUUGGUGAUGGGCAAAAUUGGUUUCAAUUUCCCGGUCGCACUAUCUUUGAUACACUAUGUGACUGCAUGGUUUCUGAUGGCAGUCUUUAGAUUAUUCUCAUUGCUUCCUGUAUCCCCUCCUUCAAAAUCCACACCAUUCUCCUCUUUAUUUCUCUUGGGUGCUGUUAUGUCGUUUUCAACAGGACUUUCUAAUAUAAGUUUGAAGCACAACAGUGUUGGGUUCUAUCAGAUGGCCAAGAUAUCCGUUACACCAACAAUUGCACUUGCUGAAUUCCUUUUUUUCAGUAAAAAGGUUACUCUCUACAAGGUUCUUGCACUUGGUGUGGUUUCUAUAGGUGUGGCUGUUGCAACUGUCACUGAUCUAGAGUUCAAUUUGUUUGGUGCUAGCAUAUCAUUGGCCUGGAUUGUCCCAAGUGCUGUUAAUAAAAUUCUAUGGUCUAACAUGCAGCAAACUGGCAACUGGACGGCUCUUUCGUUGAUGUGGAAAACUACUCCAAUAACUAUCUUCUUCUUCUUGGCGUUGAUGCCAUUGCUAGACCCGCCUGGGUUGCUUUCUUUCAAUUGGGAUUCCAACAACUUAACGGCUAUCUUAAUAUCUGCUGUUUUUGGGUUUCUCCUUCAAUGGUCUGGGGCUCUUGCUCUAGGUGCAACAUCUGCGACCUCUCAUGUUGUGUUAGGCCAGUUCAAGACUUGUGUGAUUAUGCUUGGUGGAUACCUCUUCUUCAAUUCUGAUCCAGGAAUUGUAAGCCUGUGCGGCGCCAUUGUUGCUCUCUCUGGAAUGUCUUUCUACACAUAUCUUAAUUUGAGAGCUUCUCAGGACUCAGCAGCAGCAACAAAACAACUCUUAAAGCAGGCAUCAUUCCCCCAGAAAACUAAAACUACAGCAGAUGAUGAAAAAUCUGAUGCAAAGGUUACUUUGGAUUCUUUCUUGGAUAGAGACCUAAAGGAGAUUGCAUAAACAAAUUCUCUCUCCUAAACACACUAACCUUCUUCCUGAUGCACUCGAUCUUUUCCCUCUUGCUUCUUCAAAUUCAUUCAUUGCUUAUUUUUAUAUUUUUUUAUAGGUAGAAAUUAGUGAUAAGGACCAUCACAAUUACAGAGGAUUUGAAGUUUUUUCCUUGUUUUUGUACUCUGAUUUAACUGUGAUACCUCAUUUUGAUACCCUAUGGAAUUUCUUCCUUUUUUUCUGUUCA